UCGUAUAAAAACACAAGGGUUUUCUUUUCUGUUCUCUAGACACCAUUUAGAAUUUAGAGAGACAUGGAAAAAUAAAAAAUGAAUUCCAACAAAAUAUAAAAAUAAAAAUACCACCCAAACAUUAUAUAAAAAAAAAAAAAAAAAUACCAAGAGAGAUAAGCGUUUAGCGAAGCAAAGCAUUGGCAUUGCAAAGAAAGACGCCCUCUUUCUCCUCUACCUACAACUUUAUCUCAUAAAUUCAUCAAACCCCAUAAACUAAAAAUAAGAUAAAACUAUUCAUAUUCUUUGAUUUUUUUGAACCCAGUUUCCCAUUUCUCAGAAAUUUGAAUUUUUGUGUUCUUCAAGUUUAAUAAACUUACUUUCAUUUCCCUUUAAGAGAUUAUAAAGAUUGGAUUUUUUUGGGUUUUCUGGGUAAUUUUGUUGCAGAUGUAAGCAACUGAAGAUCUGUGGCCGAUCUUUUUUGGGACUCAGAGUGUUUUUAACUCUAAUUUUAUUGUUUUUUUCAGCCGAUCCUUGGUGGGUUUGUUGCUUAAAAGAAGGAUCUGAAAGGUGAAAGGGAUUAUGUUGUAAUCUCGAGGGAGGUAAUUUGUAUGGGUGGACGAUGCCAGAGUUGCGAAGUGGAGCUCGAAGAUCGAAGAGGCUUGGUGAUCUUCAGCAGCCUGCCCCUGAAUUGAAUGACCAGGGUGAAAAUUUUCUUCCAUCUACGCAAAACAAAACGAGGCGAAGAGGUGGUGGUAGAGGGAGAGGUGCAAAUGCUGCAGCUGGUGUAGCUAAAGCAGCAAUAGGAGCUAGGCAAACCGGUGGUGCUGGUCGAGGUCGGGGUGUUAGAGUGAUAGAUUUAGACCCUGAAAUUCCGGGUGACGGUCUUCCUCAAGUUGCGCCUAUAGGAGUUGCUGGUGCCACUCACAAUCGAGUGGAGGGUGCUGCUGGUAAAGAUAUUGCAAUGGAGGGAGGGAGCGGAGAUAAGCUGGUGGCUGCUGAAGAUGAUUCUAACCUAACACCUGUUCCUGAAAGGGUCCAAGUGGGCACUUCUCCUGUAUAUAAGAUCGAGCGGAAGCUGGGUAAGGGUGGUUUUGGCCAGGUUUAUGUUGGCCGAAGAAUGGUUGGCGGCACUGACAGGAUAGGACCAGAUGCUAUUGAGGUAGCUGUAAAGUUUGAACACCGCAACAGUAAGGGUUGCAAUUAUGGUCCUCCCUAUGAGUGGCAGGUUUACAACUCUUUGAACGCAUGUUAUGGUGUCCCUUCGGUUCAUUUCAAAGGGCGCCAAGCAGAAUACUACAUUUUGAUCAUGGACAUGCUUGGACCAAGUCUAUGGGAUGUUUGGAAUUCUUUAGGACAAUCGAUGUCUCCAAAUAUGGUAGCAUGCAUUGCUGUGGAGGCAAUAUCAAUCCUAGAAAAGCUUCAUUUGAAAGGUUUUGUGCAUGGGGAUGUGAAGCCGGAAAAUUUUCUUCUUGGUCAACCUGGAACUGCAGAUGAGAAGAAGUUAUAUCUUAUAGAUCUUGGUUUAGCAUCUAGAUGGAAAGAUGUAUCAUCUGGUCAUCAUGUUGAAUAUGAUCAGCGGCCUGAUGUCUUCAGGGGAACAAUAAGAUAUGCAAGUGUCCAUGCACACUUGGGUCGAACAGGCAGUAGGAGGGAUGAUCUUGAGUCAUUGGCAUAUACUUUGAUCUUUCUUAUCAAAGGGAGGCUACCAUGGCAGGGUUAUCAAGGAGACAACAAGAGUUUUCUUGUCUGUAAGAAAAAAAUGGGCACUUCUCCGGAGUUGAUGUGUUGCUUCUGCCCUGCCCCAUUCAAACAGUUCCUUGAAGCUGUGACUAUCAUGAAAUUUGACGAGGAGCCAAAUUAUGCAAAACUUAUAUCAUAUUUUGACAGCCUGAUUGAACCUUGUGCGCCGCUUCGACCUAUUAAAAUUGAUGGAGCCCUAAAGGUGGGCAAUAAACGGGGACGGAUGCUCGUUAAUAAUUUGGAGGAAGACGAGCAGCCGAAGAAAAAAAUACGAUUAGGUAGUCCGGCAACUCAGUGGAUUUCAGUUUACAAUGCUCGUCGUCCCAUGAAGCAGAGAUAUCAUUACAAUGUAGCGGAUGCGAGGCUUAAGCAACACAUAGACAAGGGAAAUGAAGAUGGAUUAUAUAUCAGUUGUGUGGCCUCAGCUACAAACCUAUGGGCCCUAAUCAUGGAUGCGGGAACUGGUUUCGGUGCUCAAGUGUGGGAACUCUCCAAUGUUUUCUUGCACAAGGAUUGGAUCAUGGAACAGUGGGAGAAGAACUUCUAUAUUAGCUCAAUAGCUGGUGCAUCCAAUGGAAGUUCUUUGGUGGUUAUGUCUAAAGGUACUUCUUACACUCAACAGUCAUAUAAAGUGAGCGACUCAUUCCCAUUCAAGUGGAUUAAUAAAAAAUGGAAAGAAGGAUUUCAUGUAACUUCCAUGACAACAGCUGGUAGUCGAUGGGGAGUAGUAAUGUCUAGAAAUGCAGGAUUUACCGAUCAGGUUGUUGAGCUAGAUUUCCUGUAUCCGAGUGAGGGUAUACACAGGAGAUGGGAGAGUGGCUACAGAAUAACUUCCAUGGCUGCAACGCCAGAUCAAGCAGCGUUUGUGCUGAGCAUUCCAAAGCGUAAAACGAUGGAUGAAACACAAGAAACUCUGAGAACCUCUGCCUUUCCCAGUACUCAUGUAAAGGAAAAGUGGGCAAAAAAUCUCUAUAUCGCUUCAAUAUGCUAUGGCCGGACGGUGUGCUGAUUUGUUUGCGGCAUGUACAUAUCUCGCUGAAGAUUUUCAAGUGCGCUCCCUAAAGGCUGGGAACGGGCGCUAACUGCCGCUAUUUUGGGUGUUAGAGGGUGAGCCUCUUUUCAACGUCCCAGGGGUAUACAUGCUUCCAUAAUGACUUACCCCUCAUGUAUGUUGUAAAAAGGUGUCCGUAUAUAUACCAUUUGAGAGAUAGGGAAACCAAAAAAAAUGGCUAAAAAUUUGGAAGAAUGCAACCCGGAAGCCAAAGAUGAGUUAGAGGAUCUAAUUAUUCUGCCUGGAAAAAAGACAAACAAAUAUCUAAUAUGGAAAUGGUAUUUGAUGUUUCAUAUAAAUGGGGAGAAGAUAUAUAUAUAUAUAUAUAUAUAUUCCAGCAUAUAUAUAUAUAUAUAUAUAUAUAUAUAUAUAUAUAUAUAUUCCAGCAGAUAGUAUUUUCAAUGUAACGCCUAAUCUGCUGGAAUAUAUUCGGUAAUGAAAAAUCUUUCUAAAUUUUAAAUUUCCUAGCCUUGAUAGUUUGUUGCUAAUAGAAAGCCUGAACUAUGAUUUUAGUGCAAAAAAUGGCCAUCUUAUCCUCUCUAUUAUGUUGGUGGUGUAUCGUGUAUCGUGUAAACCUCUUGUUCGCAAUUGAAAUGCAUACAUAUGAACUGAUUUUUAGAA